AUGUCUGAACCAAGUGCUAAGAAACAAAAGUUUGCCAACUCUUUGGAAGCCUUGAAGGCCACCGGUACCACUGUCGUUGCCGACACUGGUGAUUUCGAAUCUAUUGCUAAGUUCACUCCACAAGAUGCUACUACCAACCCAUCUUUGAUCUUGGCCGCUGCCAAGCAACAAGCCUACGCUAAGUUGAUCGACUCUGCUGUACAAUACGGUAAGAAGCAAGGUCAAAACAUUGACGAGCAAGUUGAAAUUGCUGUUGACAAGCUAUUGGUCGAAUUCGGUACUGCUAUCUUGAAGGUCGUUCCAGGUAGAGUUUCUACUGAAGUCGAUGCUAGAUUGUCCUUCGACAAGGAUGCUACCGUUAAGAAGGCUUUGGAAAUCAUCAAGUUGUAUGAAGCAGAAGGUAUUUCCAAGGACAGAGUCUUGAUCAAGAUUGCUUCCACUUGGGAAGGUAUCCAAGCUGCUCAAGAACUAGAAAAGGAACACGAUAUCCACGUCAACUUGACUUUGUUGUUCUCUUUCGCUCAAGCCGUUGCUGCUGCUGAAGCUAACGUUACCUUGAUUUCUCCAUUCGUUGGUAGAAUCUUGGAUUGGUACAAGGCCAGCACUGGUGAAACUUACACUGCUGAAACUGAUCCAGGUGUGAUUUCUGUCAAGAGUAUCUACAAUUACUACAAGAAGCAUGGUUACAACACCAUUGUUAUGGGUGCUUCCUUCAGAAACGUGGGUGAAAUUAAGGCUCUUGCCGGUGUCGAUUUCUUGACCAUUUCUCCAAAGUUGUUGGACGAAUUGUUGUCCUCUGAUGAACCAGUUGCUAAGAUCUUGGACCCUGAAUCCGCAAAGGCUGAAGGUUCUGAAAGAGUUUCUUUCAUCAACGACGAGCCUAAAUUCAGAUUCGAGUUGAACGAAGAUGCUAUGGCCACUGAAAAGUUGUCUGAAGGUAUCAGAAAGUUCUCUGCUGAUAUCGUCACACUGUUCGACUUAAUCAAGGCUAAGAUCCAAGCUUAA